UCCGAGGCGAGCCACUGCGCGCUGGCCGCCUCGCUGCGUGCCCGGUGUCCGUCGCUGAAGGACGUCCCGGCACGAGAGUGCCGUGCUGCGAGGGUGGGGACGCCGUGCCGGUGCUCGCUGGCGGUGUCGGCCGCUGAGGGACGUCGCGGCGCGGGAGUGCCGUGCUGCGAGGGUGGGGACGCCGUGCCCGUGGUCGCUGGCGGUGUCGGCCGCUGAGGGACGUCGCGGCGCGGGAGUGCCGUGCUGCGAGGGUGGGGACGCCGUGCCGGUGCUCGCUGGCGGUGACGUCGCGACAGACGGCGUCUGAUCUCUCGCCACCAGCGCUGUGCGAGCGGCCAUCUGGUGUCCAGCCCCUCGUACAACGCCGCGAUGGAGACUGACGGAAUGGAGAAGGACGGUGUAGAGAAGGCCGAACUGGAGGAGACCAAGGAGAGCGGCGAGAAGUCCGGCGAGGCCAAGGAGAAGGGCGGCAAGGACCAGGAGGUCGUCUUCAUCCAGGAUGUGGGAUUCACAGUCAAGAUGUACGCGCCCGGACUGGAGCCGUUCGACAUCCAGGUGUCGAGCAUGGAGCUGGUGCAGGAGAUGCACCAGCUGCUGAUGGAUCGCGAGGACACGUGCCACCGCACCUGCUUCUCGCUCCAGCUGGACGGCAACACGCUGGACAACUUCGCCGAACUCAAGACUAUCGAGGGCCUCAAGGACGGCUCCAGCAUCCGGGUGGUGGAGGAGCCGUACACGGUGCGUGAGGCGCGCAUCCACGUGCGUCACGUACGCGACCUGCUCAAGUCCAUGGACCCGGCCGACGCGUUCAACGGCGUCGACUGCGCCUCCCUGGCCUUCCUCAACACGGUCACCAACGGCGACAUCCUGGCAGAGAAGAAGAAGGGCCGGCCGGAGUCCGUGGACUGCACGCCGCCCGAGUACAUCAUGCCCGGCUGCCGGGAGCGGCCGCUCGUGCCGCUGAUGCCGCAGGUCCGCGAGCAGACCGGGCCGCAGUGUCUCAAGGUGCUGACGACCUCGGGCUGGAACCCGCCGCCGGGGCCCCGCCGGCUGCGUGGCGACCUCCUCUACCUGUACGCCGUCACCAUGGAGGACAAGCGCUACCACGUCACCGCCUCCACGCGCGGCUUCUUCGUUAACCAGUCGACGGACGAGGAGUUCAGCCCCAAGCCGGCGUCGCCCAACUACCUGUGCCACUCGCUGAUCGAGCUGAUGGCGCAGAUUUCACCCGUCUUCAAGCGCAGCGUCGCCUCGCUGCAGAAGCGGCGCACCGGGCGGCAUCCGUUCGAGCGCGUGGCCACGCCCUACCAGGUGUACACGUGGGCGGCGCCGCCGCUCGACCACACCCUGGACGCCAUCCGCGCCGAGGAUGCGUUCUCAUCCAAGCUGGGUUAUGAAGAGCAUAUCCCAGGCCAGACGCGCGACUGGAACGAGGAGCUUCAGACGACGCGCGAGCUGCCGCGGAACAACCUGCCGGAGCGGCUGCUGCGCGAGCGCGCCGUCUUCAAGGUGCACAGCGACUUCGUGUCGGCCGCCACGCGCGGCGCCGUGGCCGUCAUCGACGGCAACGUCAUGGCCAUCAACCCCGGCGAGGACGCCAAGAUGCAGAUGUUCAUCUGGAACAACAUCUUCUUCUCGCUGGGCUUCGACGUGCGCGACCACUACAAGGAGCUGGGCGGCGACGCGGCCGCCUUCGUGGCGCCGCGGAACGACCUGCAGGGCGUGAAGGUGUACAGCGCGGUGGACGCCGAGGGCCUGUACACGCUGGGCACGGUGGUGGUGGACUACCGCGGCUACCGCGUCACCGCCCAGUCCAUCAUCCCCGGCAUACUGGAGCGCGAGCAGGAGCAGAGCGUCGUCUACGGCAGCAUCGACUUCGGCUCGUCCGUGGUCAGCAACAGCAAGUACCUGGAGCUGCUGAGCAAGCCAGGCCAGCAGCUCAAGAUCGCCACGCACAAGGUCGUGAACGACAAGGGUGAGGAGGUGGAGCUCUGCUCGUCCGUCGAGUGCAAGGGCAUCGUUGGCAACGACGGCCGCCACUACAUCCUGGACCUGUUGCGCACCUUCCCACCCGACGUCAACUUCCUGCCGCCGGAGACGACGCAGCUGGAGCUGAGCCGGGAGGCGCGCGCCCUCGGCUUCCCCGUCCGGCACAAGCACAAGCUGGCCUGCCUCCGCCAGGAGCUGAUCGACGCAUUCGUCGAGAGCCGUUACAUGGCUUUCAUCAAGUUCGCCGCCAGUCAGCUACAGCAGAUCGGUGACAAGAAGAAGCAGGAGGCGACCGUGGCAGCGCGCGCUGUCACCGAGGCGGCCGCCGCCGGCGACGCCGAUCCCAACAAGGUGGAGACGGACGAAGCCAAGAAGAUUGUGGAGGACAUCACCGACUCCAUCACCGGCCAGAAGAAGGAGAUGGAGGAGAGCUCGGUGGAGAUCGUGCGCCGCGCCGCCGCCGCCGUCGGCUCGCUCAAGCCGUCCGAGUUCGAGCUGCGCUUCAACCCGGACGCCUUCUCGCCGGGCGUGCGCCACCCGGAGGCGGCGGCCGAGCCGCUGCGCGCCCAGCGCACGCUCAUCCGCGACGCGGCCGACUUCCUGUUGACGGUGCAGAUCCCGGGCCUGGUGCGCGACUGGCUGGACCACUCGUCGGCGCCCCUGGACGGCGCCACGCUGGCCGAGGCGCUGCACGCGCGUGGCGUCAGCCUGCGCUACCUGGGCACGGUGGCCGACAUGCUGGCCAAGGUGCCGCGGCUCGCCUACCUGCACCGCAUCGCCGUGGGCGAGCUGCUCACCCGCAGCGUCAAGCACCUCUUCACCGCCUACAUGCAGGGCGUGGACAUGAUGUGCCUGUCGGCGGCGGUGAGUCACUUCCUCAACGCGUACCUGUCGUCGUGCCAGCAGGCGCACCCGCCCCUGCCCGCCGACGAGCUGCAGCCGAAAAACUCCAAACGGAAGAACAAGCGGCGUCCCCGGCGGCCGCUGACGGCGCCGGAGAGCAACGACUGGGCGCUGGUGACGCCGCGCAGCCUCUGGGCGCAGAUCCGCGACGAGCUGACGCACUACUUCGGCUGGCAGCUGGCCACCGACGCCGUCGACACCACCGUGGCCAAGUACAAGCUGCAGAAGAUCUCGCUCUUCCGGUCGUUCUGCGUGGCCACGGGCGUGCAGCUGCUGCUGCGUGACUACAACAUGGACGCCAAGAGCCGGCCGUGCUUCAGUGAGGAGGACGUGCUCAACAUCUUCCCGGUGACGAAGCACAUCAACCCACGUGCCUCCGACGCCUACACCUUCUACACCACCGGCCAGACGAAGAUACAGCAGGGCUACCUGAAGGAGGGCCACGAGCUCAUCACCGAGGCGCUCAACCUGCUCAACAGCGUGUACGGCGCCAUGCACCCCGAGAUUGCUCAAUGCCUGCGGAUGCUGGCCCGGCUCAACUACAUCAUGGGCGACCACCAGGAAGCGCUACAGUACCAGCAGAAGGCCGUGCUCAUGAGCGAGCGAGUGAACGGCAUCGACCACCCGUACACCAUCGCCGAAUACACCCACCUGGCGCUGUACUGCUUCGCCAACGGCCAGGUGACGACGUCGCUGAAGCUGCUGUACCGCGCCCGCUACCUCAUGCUACUGGUGUGCGGCGAGGAUCACCCAGAGAUGGCGCUGCUUGACAGCAACAUCGGCCUGAUCCUGCACGCCGUCGGCGAGUACAGCCUCAGCCUGCAGUUCAUGGAGCACGCGCUGGUGCUGAAUCGGCGCUACCACGGCGAGCGUAGUCUGAAGCUGGCUGUGGCGCACCACCUGGUGGCGCGCACGCAGAGCUGCCUCGGAGACUUCCGCGCCGCGCUCCACAACGAGAAGGAGACGUUCGCCAUCUACAAGCAGCAGCUGGGGGAGGAGCACGAGAAGACCAAGGAGUCGUCCGAGUGUCUGCGGCACCUCACGCAGCAAGCGGUCGUGCUACAGAAGAAGAUGAACCACAUCUACAGUGGCAAGGCUGGCGCCGCCCUGCCGCCCAUCCAGAUCCAGUCGCCCAGCAUGGGCUCCGUGCUGGACAUGCUCAACAUCAUCAACGGCAUCCUCUUCGUCCAGAUCAGCCAGCAGGACAUCGAGAACUUCAAGGCCGAGUUCGAGAAGCGCAGCAGCCAGCUGCAGACUACGGUGAGCCGCCCGGCGGUGACGGCAGCGCCGGCUCCGGCCGUCAAGGUGGCCGACAGCGGCGCCGACUCUCCGCUCUCCUCUCCCGAGGGCAGCAGAUGAGGCCCGCCCGCCGCCGGCCGGCAACGCCCGGCUCCGUACCGGCCCCGGCACUCUAGUUUUGAUAGCUAUUUUCGAGGCAUCGCGUCGUGGUGCGGUUAUCAUGCAUCAUCAAUCGGCGCGCUCGCGGCGCGUCCCUCACGAAGCGGCCAUGCGCGCGCGCGCCUGUGUUCCAGGGGUGUGCUGAGUAGUGGUGCUGCGCACGGGAUGACAGUGCAAUGUUGAAGCCGGCCGGCGCCGCCGUCGGCUGGCGCGCCGCCGCUCCGGCACGGCUGU